UUCCAUGGAAACCGGUGGAGUGUUUGGCGUUAGGCCUUAGUAUAUUUACGGUAAAUCAUAAUAUAUUUUUGCUAGUUAUUUUAUAUAGGUAAAGGCAUGUCGAUAGUGGAAAUCGCACACCAUAACGAAGUCAUUUACACCAUUCUCGACAAACCCCCACCGGAUCCACCGAAGACACCCAGGUACCACUCUGAGCUAGAGAAACAGCUGAAGGCCCGAAAGAUACCCCAACUGCGUCGGACAUUUGGGUACGCGGAGACGCCUGUCAACCCUCCUGACCAGUUCCUUAAGAAGGGGGAAGGAUAUAGUCCACCCGUAAAGAAGUCGGACCACAAAUGCAUCAAGGGCGACUUACCCGCCGUGCCGAGGCGACCCCCGCCAGGAAAGGGGCCAGAAAAACCUAAGGUCAACUUUAGGGUACUCAACAUUAAGAAAGCCGUCAAGGUUAAGGGUAAACCCGUGGAGCCGAGACUAGUAGACACCCGCGACGGCCACAUAAAGAAGAUCAAGGGCUCAGGUGAAGUCCCGGAAUACUGUCUCCGACCGGACUUCGGGCGUAUGCCGGCUUACCUGGUGCGUCGCAACAGGAGAAUCAGAAUGGAAUUGGAAGCCAUGCAGUACGCUGAUGAUCAUAAGGAGAGUCUGUGCAAGCAGCUUGCUGAUGAGGAGAGGGAGAAACUGCUCAAGGACCUGAAAGCCAAAUGGCAGCUGAAGCAGAAGGCGUUCCUCCAGCUACCGAUGCUCACAGACACGGUGCCGAAGAUCACGAAGAAAGUUAAGAUGGAGCAGGAGCUGAAACAGCUCGAGAAGGACAUACAGCUCGUCGAGUCUAACCCGUAUAUUUACAUUUAUUGAGUGUACAUAAUACGGACGCAAAUAAAUUUAUCUCAGGAGGUCGAUUCUAAUUUUAAGGCCCCAGUACACAAUGGGCCAGCGUGGGCCAGUCUGGGGGACGCAUUUAUGCGUUAGAGGGAGCAAGUGAUAUUGCUUUCUCAUUCUACCGCAUGGCUGCGUCCCUUGGAGUGGCCGGCGCUGGCCCAUUGUGUACAGGGGCCUUUGAGUAAGUACCUACUCUUGUCAGAGAAUCUCUUUUGUUAUUAUUUAUUAAUGUUAUUAUAUGGAAAGGUGAUGGAAUGUGCGUGUGAAAUAAAACUGUGUGUGGAAUA